UAUGUGCAAAAGUUUAUAUUUUGUUUGGUUUGGUGUGUGUAGUGAUAUUAGUGUAUUUAGGGAAAGAAGAAGAAAUAAAACCUCCAGUUUUGCACUGUGGAGAGAGGCCACAGAGGCCCGAGCUUUUGAAGAGGAUGGUCGGAGGAUCGGACGUUUCUGUGGGGACUUGGCCGUGGCAUGUAGCCAUUCUCUCCCGUAUCAACUCAACUGCACCGUUCAGGCAUCACUGUGAGGGAACCAUCAUUCACGAAGAAUGGAUCGUCACAGCUGCCUCGUGUCUCUAUAAACCUGAGCAUGUAGUGCUACAUGACCUUAAAGUCAAGGCAGGAACAGCGAAUUUGCAAGAAAACAGUCCUGACAUGCAGGAAAGAGGCGCCACACAAAUAAUCCGUCACCCAAACUUCAGUCCCGUCUCUUUGCAGGACAACAUUGCUCUGUUAAAACUGAGCUCGCCUCUGACCCUGACUAACACCGUCAAUGCCAUCUGCAUGCCCGAUAAUGUUGCAGUCCGCUACAGUUUUGGCACUUGCCACACGACGGGGUACGACGAGAGUGGCGUUCUGCAGGAGGUUUGGGUGCACACCAUCCCCUGGCUCAGGUGUAAUAUGGAGACAUGGUGGAACUUUCGAGUCAGUAUGAAGAUGCUGUGUGCCGGCAGGUACGAGGGACGAGCGGACGGGUGUGAGAUCAACCUCGGCGGCCCUCUGAGUUGUUUUCAGCUCAUGCAUGACCGAUACUACCUUUGUGGGAUCCGGAUCCUCGGAGAUCAGUGCGGCGUUCCCAGGAAACCGAACAUCUACCUGAAAACCACCUCAUACUUUUUAUGGGUGGAGAAGUACGUGCCUCUACACUACAACUAGAGUAUAAGCUGCUUUAUAUUCAUACAGUCCUGCUAUACAGUUUUCUUAUUCAAAUCGACUCUAAUCUGAGAAAUAAAAUCUCUUUUUUGUAUAA